AUGGCAUCAUCGGAUGAAGAGGGUGAAAUUAUCCCAGUUGUUACCAGUUAUUGGUUUGAAAAUGAAAAGGAGGAUUUUGUGUCACUUUGUAGUUUGACAUUGUUGUUUAGCAUUAGUGAGACCGAAUGUGACUUGGGAGAAAAAGUAUUUUUGCGUGGCACAACCGAUGAUAGCCUGCAGAAAAUUUACAAACAGAUCACAGGAUGGAGAUUUGAACUUACCUAUGAGCAGCCCGAGAUUUCAGUGCUUUCAAAGGACCGAAAUUGGAUAACACUCCAAAGACCAAGGGAGUGUUUUGAAAGUACAAUUAGGACAAUCUUGGUCACUGUAUAUUUUUUACAUUUUCUAAGAAGGAAUCCAGAGGAAUCUCAACUAUCUAUUUGGGACAAACUGAAGAAGGCCUUUAGCGCAUUUGAUAUCAUACCAUCUGUGAAUGAUAUUCUAAAUCAUGUGAGUUUGAUGAGAGAAGCUGUUAAAAGGGACAAAGAUUUAGCAAAAUCAAAGGAUGAGGAGAAUGUACAAUCUGAUGAACUGAAUCUCGUUGGAGAGCAAAAUAUUGGAUAUGAUACUGUUUGUUCAAUAUGUGAUAAUGGUGGUGAAAUACUUCCUUGUGAAGGAAGUUGUUUGAGAUCCUUCCAUGCAACUAAAGAGGCUGGUAUAGAUGCAUUUUGUGAAUCUCUUGGCUACACCACUGCUCAAGUUAAGGCCUUUCCAAACUUUUACUGUCAAAAUUGUAAAUAUAAGCAGCAUCAGUGCUUUGCAUGUGGCAAAUUGGGUUCAUCUGAUGUAUCAUCUAAAGCUGAGGUAUUUCCUUGUGUUACUGCAAAUUGCGGUCACUACUACCAUCCUGACUGUGUAGCAAGGCUUCUCUCCCAUGGCAUUGACACCGAGCAAGAGGAAAUGGGAAAGAAAGUUGCCUUUGGCAAAGCAUUUGUCUGUCCUCUUCAUACAUGCUCUUUAUGCAAAAAGGGUGAAGUUAAAAAUGUUCAUCAUUUGCAGUUAGCAAUAUGUAGACGCUGUCCUAAAGCUUACCACAGAAAAUGUUUACCCAAGGAAAUUUCCUUCACACUUGAUUAUGAUAAGGGCAUUGAGCAGAGGGCUUGGGAUGGUUUACUUGAUCAUCGAAUUUUGAUAUAUUGCAUGAACCAUGAGAUGGAUAGCAAACUUGGGACUCCUGCAAGAGACCAUUUGGUAUUUCCUGAUAUAAAAGUCAAAAGGAAGGUAUUAAAUUACAAAUUAUUUGACAAAGGAAAGGAUACUAUAAAUUUGGGUAAAAGUUUUGAAGAUCUUCCUCCAAACUGGGUGGCAAAGCAGAGUGUUAGCUUUCGAGAAGGGGAUGUUGCCAAAGAUGUGGAAAAAAUAUGUUGCAAGAAAGAUACACUUUUCUCUAGUGCAUCAAUCAAGUUUGAUUGGUAUAGAAAAUAUUUGAAGGUCAAAAAUAUGCCUGUGUCAAAUCAUUCCUCUCCAAGUCUUUCAAAAAAGAUACCUUUAAAGGGUGCUAACUUGUCAUGUAAUUCAAGAUUAUGUGAAGCUAAAUCUCUGCAGAAAAAUUUGGUCUGUGGAAGAAUUGAAAAAACUGGCUUUGAGAAGCCUCUGGUAAACAAAAUCCGAACAUCUCUUGACUUUGAUAAUGCUGAAAUGGAAAACAGUGUAUUGUCUUUAGUGAAAGAAUCCAUGUCUACAUUUAAUGAGCAAGAAUUCAUUAAGAACCAUCAAGCCUUCUCUUCAACAUCAGGUUUAACUGAAACUGAUUUUCAUAAGAACCUUACUCAAGGGAAAGUAGAAGGGUCAAUUAAGGCUGUUCAAACAGCUUUGCAGAGUUUAGAAGAAGGAUGUAGUAUUGAAGAAGCAAAAGCUAUUUGUGACCCAGGGGUGCUCCAUCAGCUUUUCAUUUGGCAGAAGCAGAUCAAGGUCUAUCUUGCACCUUUUCUUCACGGCAUGCGAUAUACUUCCUUUGGUCGCCAUUUCACUAAAAUAGACAAACUCAAGGAGGUUGUUAAUAGGCUUCAUUGGUACGUUCAGAAUGGAGACACGGUUUUGGACUUCUGUUGUGGUUCUAAUGACUUCAGUUGUCUAAUGAAAUCAAAGCUUGAACAGAUGGGGAAGUCAUGUUCAUUCAAGAACUAUGAUUUAUUCCAACCCAAGAAUGAUUUCAACUUUGAAAAGAGAGAUUGGAUGAGUGUCAAUGCAGAAGAAUUACCCAACGGUUCUAAACUUAUCAUAGGGCUGAAUCCUCCUUUUGGGGUGAAGGGUUGUCUUGCUAACAAAUUUAUUAACAAAGCAUUGACUUUCAAUCCAAAACUUCUUAUUCUAAUUGUACCAAAAGUAACUAAAAGACUUGACAAAAGGAAAGGUGGAUAUGAUUUAAUUUGGGAGAGUGAUGAGAUGUUUACAGGAAAGUCAUUUUAUCUUCCUGGUUCUGUUGAUGUACGAGACAAGCAAUUGGAAGACUGGAACUUGAAGCCACCACCUCUCUACCUUUGGAGUCACCCUGAUUGGACCAGUUUUCACAGGAAAAUUGCUCAAGAACAUGGCCACAUGAAGGAGGAAUAUGAUAUGCAUGUGAAGAAUUAUCUUAUGGAGGAGAAUCAUGACUGUUACCAGGACUAUUCUGGAUUACAUAAACAUGGGGAUGUUUUGAGCAUAUUUGAUGAUAUUCCAUGUGAUGAUGAUGAUGGUGCAGAUGAGGAAGUUGCAACAUGCAAUGCUCAGGGUCAGGUGAAGGGAACACUGUUUUCUGAUUGUGGAGGAGAAAUGGAAUUGGAGAAUAGGUUACCCUUUGAUGAAGCUGAGGAAAUGUGCAUUGAUAUGGAGUUAUCAACUCCCUAGAAAUAUGAAAUGGCUACACAGAUACAAAAUGAAGAAAUUAGGUCUUCUUUAAAGUAGUAAGUUUGAGAUGAAUGAAACUGUUAAAUGGAAUUUAGUAGUAGGAUUGGUUAUGAUGUGUUCUUAUUACA